UCAUUUCUUCUCCCUUCGCGUGAUUGUUUCCCUGGUUUCCUAUGUGGGAGUUCUUGGUUUUUGUUGAUUUUUAGAUGAAUUUCGCUUCCUCGCCAUGCCCCAGCGGUUUGCUCCUUGUGCCGACCUCAACUCAGCAGAGAAAAACAUUACUGAUCUGACCUAGCUAGGACAGAGAAGAACCAGGAAGCACAACUUUGCUACAGGAUGGCAAACACAUGGCAAUUAGACAAACUUUUCUUCUUCUUCUUCUUCUUCUUCUUCUUCUUCUUCUUCUUCUUCUUCUUCUGGUUUUCUAGUAUUUGCGGGUGAGUUCUUGUUCUCUGCCUGCUUGCCUGUACCGUAGUUACUGCUGUUGGGGGCACGCUUACCUAUCGACAGUAGUACAACAACUUCUGCAGCAUGCAGUUAAUUCCAUUAAACGCACUACAGCUUCUCCCUGCUUCUUCAACUUUUGUACCCGUUACGGCGGAAUCGGCGCACGGCUCUCCAACCCCAAUCCCAAUCCCCGGUACGCUAUCCGGAGUAGAUUCUGUGCGCAUCGCGUUCUUGCCGGACGCCGGUUCUUCUUUCUUUUCUCUUCUGAGAGAGUGUUCUUGCCGUUCUUGGACAACAGCUUCCCGUUGAUUCGAUUUCAAUUCUUUCAGGUCUUAGUAGCAGUAGGUUGUUGUACCAGAUUGUACGGUUGUGGUACCGUGUCUAGGCCAGUAACAUAUCGAGACCAUCUCUGGCGUUUGGUGAGAUUGGGUCUGAGUUUUGACUUUUGGAUGCUUAUGGUGCACGCUUCUUCAGUUUGCUUGCGGAAUCACACAACUCUGCUCUCUCUGAAUCGGGGGCUCGGUGAUGGCUUGGCCGAGAUAGGCCGCGGACCAUGAAGCUAGUUUGCAGGACUGAGCAUUUCACAGAAAAAAUGCUUGAGGACAAAAAUCCAGCACAAGAUAUGGUAGACAUAGCUGGACAUGUAGAGCAGGAGGAUCCUUCUUAUGAAAAGGACAUCGUGGAGAUCAAAUUGCCAGACAGUGUUGCUUCUUUUGAUUAUGGUGGUAAUUUUGUCAAAGAUGUCUGCAUUGAUGACGGACAACCUCUUCCUCGGAAGAUUUCAGAAGAUAAAGUAGUAGAUGAAAAGUCAUCUCCAAAUUUUGAUUGUCAAAUGAUACACGCAAAUGAUGCUCCGACGUACAUAGAAAAAGAUUGUGCUGCAAAAGCUUUCCACAAACCCAAACCAGAAGCAGUUCUACCUGUUAAUUUUGCUCCUGAUAGUAACAAUGAGAAACGAUAUUCUUCUUGUGAAAAACAUGGUCCCGAGGGCAAGAGUAAAGCCACUAAUUUUGGUGAUCUCAGUGAGAAGAAAAUAAGUUUGGAAGAAUUACUUAGACUCGAAAGUGCAGAAGAGUGCCUGCAUAAAGGUGCAAUAAGCUCUGAAACCAGUAAAAAUCAUAUGCUAUCUUUCCAUGGAGAAGCAGUCAGGCAGGUUUCCGCAAAUGUGGGUCAUGGAGUCGAAGUUAUUGCAUCCAAAACCAGUGGUCUUGUUAAUGAUACUGUAUCAAGUAAGAACAACAUUGAUGAUUGCUCAGUAACAACCUCUGAAGAAUGUGAUGCAGCGGCAUCAUUUGAUGCGAGAGGACUGAACCUAAUAGUUCACUAUAAUCCUUUUGUUGGUCAUGGGUCCCUAGAGGAUACAUGUAAACCAGAAUGCUCUACAUCAGCAAUCUCAGAUGCUGCUUCCACUGGACCUAUCUGCACUUUCGAGAAAACUGAUACUAUUAGUGCUGAAGGAUUUAAUGAAGUCGAAAUAACUGAACCUAGGGUUGAUGCUCUGAGUUCGCUAGGUUCAGAGAUAAGAUCGUCUGCGAAGAGCAAUGAUCAGAAUGGAAGUAUUAUGGGUGAAACAAUAACCAACAAGAUGCAUGAAACAGAAGCAGCUACAACUUCAUCAGCUGAAAAUGUAGAGCCCAAUGGAGCAAAUGGGGAGAAUAGUAAAGAACAUGGGACUGGCGGUACCGCCGAUAUACAUGGUUCCAGCCAGAUAGAUGAAGGAGCUAAUGAUGACGCGGUUAAUAGGAGUCCUGUGCUGGCACAACAUGAUAAUGUGUGCGAACAUAAUGCACCUGAUAGUGCAAAAGCGCCAUCUCGAACUGGAAACGGCUAUCCUCCCUUUGAACCGGGUUUUGGUCCUAGUAUUAUGUCUGCUCCAGUGUCAAACUCUGGCCAUCUUGCUUAUUCUGGCAAUAUCUCCAUCGGUUCAGGUAGUAGCACGACCAGCACCCGGUCCUUUGCAUUUCCAGUACUGCAGAAGGACUGGAUCAGCAGCCCGGUGAGGAUGGCGAAAGGAGAGCGGAGACGCACCAGGCGGCGCCGAGGCUGGAGGAAGGGGCUUCUCUGCUGUAAAUUCUGAGCGCGUUUUCCCUGAAGAGCCUUUUAUAUCUGUUCUAUUGCAGGUUAAGUUCAUGGCUUGUACUCCCUCUGUUCGGAAUUAACUGUCGCUGAAAUCAGUAAAUCUACACACUGAAGCGCGUCUUAGAUACACUCAUUUCAGCGACAGGUAAUUCUGAACAGAGGUAGUAAUAAUUUGUAUCAUGAGAGUGAGGUGAGGAGUCAAAGAGGUAUAUGUAGUUGUAGCGUAGCGGUCGUGCUUGGCACUAGGUCCUGCAUGAAUUAGUUUUAUUGUUCUUGUUAGUUUGAGCUCAUGGUUGGUUGAUUACCCGUGCUUGAUUCAUAUUUCAGAGGGUUACAAACAGCGAGUGCUUUGAACGGUGUCUCAGUGGUGUUUUGUUAUUUUUUUCUGAUGAAUCCAACUGGGCCGGCCUGCACCUGCAGGGACGCUCUUGCCUAA